AUGGGAAAGCGUGCUAUCAAACGCCCUGCUGCCGCCUCCGCGCCGAAGAAGCGGCCUGCGAGUGCCUUCAGGCCGUUCCCCUUGCGCAAGAGGUGCAAGGACAGGAUGGGCCAGCGCAGGAAGCAAGCGGAGAAGGUCGAGUACGUGCGCCACGGGAAGAGGACCGUGAAAUCCCGCAAGGGGCGCGAAACCUGGUGCCGCAACUACGACAGCUUCCACGGGAAAACUGCGGACCGGAUGGUAGACCUGCACCUCGAGGAUGGCAUCCUGCUUGACUGGGAAGGCCGCACCUGCCCUCACUGCGGCGUCGGAACCUGCGGCGCGCGGGUGCAGGAUGACAAUCGCGGCCCGCAUUGGCGAUGCAACAGCGGUAGCCUGUGCGGCAAGACCGUCAACCCGUGCACCGCCCACCCCGUCUUCAAGUCUGGCGGGGGUUGCCAAUCGUCGAGUUUGUCGACGAAGGCCAAGGUCCUCUUCUGCCUCACGCUCGGCAUGACCACCGCCGAGAUACACUUGCUGACAGGUGCCGGCCACAAGAUGAUCGAGGACAUGAGCGCGGCCGUGGCAACCGCGCGGCAGAUCUACGUGGAAAAGAAGGAACCCAACGUUGUCUUCGGCGACAAAGCUCAGCGGCGAUGGUUCGACGCGGAGGCGGAUGAGUCGGUCUUCCGCGCCCAGCUGUCCGACGACGGUCGUUCCAAGGCGCGGGAACAGUGGGCGGGCGUCGUCGAGCGCGGGCGCCCUGAUAGCCUCGUUCUGUGGAAGACCCAGCCAGGCGGCACCGAGGCCAACGCGCCAGGCCCAGGCGCCAUCAAGAAGACGGAUUGGGCGCCGUUCCUAAAACGCCGCUUAGAGAACAGGAAGGUCAUCUUGCACUCUGACGGGGCCCGCAGCUACAAAACGCGCGCGUCGGGGCUCGUGCGCGACCACGUCGUGCACUGCAAGAAGCGGAAGAAGAUCGGCAGGAAGUGGGUUUGGUUGAAGCCAGUCUACUCGAAGGUUGUCACCCACAAGUUGCCCGACGGCUCCAAGAUCAGGGUGAGGGCAGGGGCGCAGAUCAUCGACCGCGCCUGGGGGCGUAUCGCGGCUUCGGUUCGCUCGGCCCAGUUCGAGAACUGGAACAAGGGCAAGGAUAUGUGGGCGGCCACCGCGGAUGCCAUCUGGGAGGUCAUGGGCGCGGCGCACUGA